AUGUUAACACUGAGUAAAAGAUCCUCAACAGCUGCUGAUAAAGAAAAGAGUAACAAAAAUUUAAUUCCGAUCAAAAAGGAAAUAAAAACUGAACAUGAGGAGUUGACUGGAAUAUCACAUGGUUUUAUUUGUCCGAAAUGUGAAGCUCACUUCCUUUAUGAUGAGUUUUUUGUGGAACAUAUCAGAGAACAUCAUGGUGAAACAAUCAAUGAAAUGUCUACUACAAAUGUCCAAUUAAAAAUAAAUUCUUUACGAUCAUCAGACAGGUUUGGCAAAGAAAAUACUUCUGUUGGGAAAGCUUUUAAAUGUGACGAUUGUUCUUAUACCUGUACUGAGAACAGUGAUCUUGUGAAACAUUUGGGUAUUCACACGGGAGAGAAACCCUACAAGUGUAACCAAUGUUCAUUUCGUAGUGCUCAGAAAAGUCGACUCACAUUACAUUUAAUAAGGACUCACACGGGAGAGAAACCCUUCAAGUGCAAGGAAUGUUCAUUUGCUUGCUCUGUUAAAUCAAGUCUUGUCCAACACCAACGUAUUCACACGGGAGAGAAACCCUACAAGUGUAAGGAAUGUUCAUUUACUUGCUCUUUUAAAUCAAGUCUUGUCAGACACCAACGUAUUCACACGGGAGAGAAACCCUACAAGUGUAAGGAAUGUUCAUAUUGUAGUGCUCAGAAAGGUGAUCUCAAGAGACAUAUGAAGACUCACACGGGAGAGAAACCCUACAAGUGCAAGGAAUGUUCAUAUUGUAGUGCUCAGAAAGGUGAUCUCAAGAGACAUAUGAAGACUCACACGGGAGAGAAACCCUACAAGUGUAAGGAAUGUUCAUAUACUUGCUCUGAUCAAUCAAAUCUUAUUAUGCACCAACGUACUCACACGGGAGAGAAACCCUACAAGUGUAAGGAAUGUUCAUAUUGUAGUGCUCGGAAAGGUGAUCUCAAAAGACAUAUGAAGACUCACACGGGAGAGAAACCCUACAAGUGUAAGGAAUGUUCAUAUACUUGCUCUGAUAAAUCAAGUCUUGUCAGACAUCAACGUACUCACACGGGAGAGAAACUCUAAAAUUGCCAGGAAUAUUCUCAUAUAACAACUUUUAUACUUGUUCUGAUCAGUCACACUUUAUUAGAUAUCAGCGUAUUCACGGAUAAAGAAUGUCAGUUAACUUCCACUUUUAUAUUAUUAGUUCAACAACGAGUUAUGAUCAAUGAUUGCAUUUAUAGUCUAGAAAUAAUCUCCA